CGAGCACAGAAUACACACAAUUUGUGGCCGAAUGCGUGUCAUUUGGAGUGUGAAAUGCUCUGGCGAUGUGUUAGGUUAUAUGAUAUGUAGUGACAUAUGGUGGAGUGGCUAGUUCGGUGCUCACAGGGAAACGAUCAGCACGUAUCUUUCUUGGUUGUUCAGUGAGAAUGACACGUCUGGUGUUUGAUGUGAUUUGCACGUAUAGAUUUAUGUACAUAUAUAAUCAGCAUACAAGUGUGAAAUUCGUCAGGAGGCGACGUGAAUUCGCGACCAACUUACUGUGUUUCUAUUUAGUCCAUUGCAGUAGCCGUAAUCCAUAACGCAACAGGGCGUAAACCCAAGAUGGCAAUAGACAAAUGUUAAAUAGAGAAAGGAGUACAUGCUGAAUAUAGUGCAUGACAGUAUGUGUUGAUGACUGCAGGCCUGCGUGUGUUUGGUUGACGUGUAGAAGUGGAAGUGCCACGUCCACCCCUCUCUCUCUCUCUGUCUCUCUCUCUCUCUCUCUCUCUCUCUCUCUCUCUCUCUCUCUCUCUCUCUGUCUCUCUCUCUCUCUGUGUCUCUCUCUCGCGCGCGCGCUCUCUCUUCGCAUCAUGAGCGCAACAUUACUAGCAGCAAUCAAUAAAUACACGUAUUUGAACGAUAUUUCAAAAUCAAGCCAUAAAAUGGAUGAAACAAGGAAGCUUCGCUCUACACGGUCAAAGCUGUUUUCAUUCUAGACAAUGACGGCAACAGGCUUCUGUCAAAGUACUAUGACCCAGAGUUUUACCCCUCCAUGAAGGACCAGAGGAACUUUGAGAAGAACAUUUUUAACAAGACUCACAAAGCAGAGACUUUAGAUGAAAUCGCUUUCCUGGAGGGAAUGACCAUCAUCUACAAGAGCAGCAUCGACCUUUUCAUCUACGUGGUCGGCAGCGCUCAGGAGAACGAGCUGAUGCUGAUGUCUGUACUCAACUGCCUGUUUGACUCCCUCAGUCACAUCCUCAGAAAAAAUGUGGAGCGAAGGAGUUUACUCGACAACAUGGAAGGAGCGUUUCUCGUUGUUGAUGAAAUCAUUGAUGGAGGGGUGAUUCUGGAGAGCGAUGCCCAGCAGGUCAUCCAAAAGGUCAACUACAAGGUGGAUGACAAUUCACUGUCUGAACAAAGCGUAGCCCAGCACAUAAGCAACAAACUGGCUCUGACUUCCGUUGUUUUGCAGUCGGCCAAGGAGCAGAUCAAAUGGUCCAUACUGAAAUAAAAGAACCUUCCUUAGCCUUUGUGUAGCAGCUUAGGAACACCAAAGGGAAAAGCUUCAUGUUCUUUCUCUGUUUGUUUGUGUCUCACUGUGCAGCACAGUAAGUACAUGUUGACGGUAUUAAGAAGUACAAUAGUCCCUCGUUUGUGGCGGUUAAUCGGUUCCAGACCCGAUCGUGAGAAGUGAAUUUGCGCCAAGUAGGAUUGCUUAUUUAUAAAAGGAAUAUUUUGGUAGUUUUUUAACAUGAUUAGAGCCCUCUAGAGAUGAAAUAACACCCCUAUAGUCACCUUUACACUCCUAUUACCCAAUAUAGUAGAGCUAAAGUAAAGAAAUAAAAUAAUAAAUAAAUACUAGAAACUUGAACACAUAAUAUACACUCACACAUUAGCAUUGGAGAGUUCCUUGGUGGUGGUCCUUUUUUUUUUUACUUCCGGUUUUGGCUUUUGACUCAUCAAUGUAACAUUACUGACACCUACAGACCAGUGUACAAUACUACAUAUCAUCUUUGAAUCCAUCUUCUGAAUGCUUUACAUUUGUAUUUUACUUCAUUUACACACUUUUAUACCACAUUUAGGCAAAAAAUACGUAUAAUGUGCUUAAAUAGACUUUUUUUUUACAACUAAUAGGCCAUAUUGAACCACGAAACGGUGAUGAUUUUUUUUUUUUUUUUACCAUGAUAGAGUGGAGCGCAAUGUGUUGAGGGAUUACUGUACUUUGCAUAGAAAUAGAUGUACAAGACUGUGACGCAGGGAUGUGUGCUGUGGUGUUGCUAGUUGUGAUGUGUUUAAUGUACUUCUUUUUGAAGGGCUUUAAGUUUAUUUAUGCAAACUGUGUCUUUUGUCUUUACAAGUUAUGUUCUGGAAAAAGUGCAGUGUUUAUUAAGUUUCAAGCCGCUAAACAUGCUGACAAAGAAUGUUACAGUUAAAAAUUUAACUAAAAAGAAAUGUAUUUUAUAAUCAUUAUUGACAAAAUGUACAAAAUAUUCUGAGGUUCAUAUAUACAGUAAAUAUAUUUUACAUUACAAAACACCAGACAUUUGGGGAACUAAGAAUAAAGUAUUUUCUCACCCUCAAAUAUUUAUUUGCU